AUGGACACCACUGCAGCGCCCUCGGCGGAUGACAGCGAUGCAGAAGCAGCUCAGUUCAAGCUGCUUCUCACGGUGCUCAGCAUUCUCGUCCUGACUUUCCUCUCCCAGACCUUCACAGGUCUCAACAUCGGGCUCAUGUCGCUGGACACGGCACAGUUACAGGUUCUCAUAGACGUGCCCAACAAAGAUGAGACUGCCAUGGACUCUGCCAGAUAUGCGCGAAAGAUCCUGCCACUGCGCCGGAAGGGGAAUCUACUGCUUUGCACCAUUCUCCUCGGCAACACCGCAGUCAACGCCUUGAUGGCACAGCUGUUGGCAGACUAUGCAGGCGGCUUCAUCGGUUUCCUGCUGACCACGGCCAUUAUCGUUAUCUUGUGUGAGAUCGUCCCGCAGUCCGUGUGUACGCGGCACGGCCUCUUCCUCGGGGCAGCCGGAUCCCCGAUCAUCAAGCUAGCCAUGGUGCUCUUCUACCCGAUAACGAAGCCGUAUGCGAUUGUCCUGGAUCACCUCUUCCCACAGCGAGAGAACAUGCUGGACCGAAGUCAGCUUCAGGCACUGGUGGAGUACCAAAAAUCGGCUGCCCCAGGCAUGCUCGUCGAGGGGCAAGCUGAGAUGCUCAUAGGUGCCCUGGGCAUGACCAAGAAGACUGUCUCAGAGGUGAUGGUUCCGUUGCAGAGUGCCUGCUGCUUGAUGCUUGAGGAUGUUCUCGACUUUGCAUUCAUUGCACGGGUGAUUCAGCGGGGCUACAGCCGCUUCCCCGUGGUGGACCCUGCCUCUGGGCAGGUGGUUGGCCUUCUUCACUGUAAAGAUCUGCUGAGCCUGCGCGUGGUUGAGCCGCUUCACGACGACCUUGUGCACAAUGUUCGGGACCGAUCGACCUGCACCGUCGGCGAGCUGCUCGAGGCGCUGCGUGCGGCCGGCCGAGAAAGGCACAUGUUCGUUUGCGGCAAGAACACCACGCUGAUGUCCUUGCUGUCAGAGCUGGGAUCCCAGA